GGUUUUUUGUUGCGGUUUUUGGUCUUUGGGUCCGCCAUCUUGCGCUGCAUCUGGGUACUCUUGGUUUUUUGUCUUUGGGUCCGCCAUCUUGCGCUGCAUCUGGGUACUCUUGAACCUUUUAGGUCCUGCUUCGAAAAAUACAAUGUAAUAGUUUUCAACUUUUAUUGAAACCACUACCUUUGAUCACCGUGAGUUUCAUUUCAAGCUUUUCAUUUCGAAUGAGAGGGACCAUAAAAGAUCCAUUAUCUUUUUGGGCUAUCGGUUAAGAUUUAAAACACCCCUACCUUCCUAUAUUUUUUAAUUUAAUUUUUUAUUUUAAAUCAUUAUUUGUGUGCUAUAACUCGUGUGAGUUUGGACAUUUUUAAGAUAAACGCAACACGCAUAUCAUAAUUUUUUGCUCCUGAAGUAUAUCUUCCGGUUCAAAGGUCAUAGUUACUCCAGGUCAAUGUGUCCUUCCACACGUGUUUUCUGUAAUCUUCAGUAGAGACUGUGACAGGGAGCUAGCCGGCUGUUGCCAGCAGUCACACACUUAACCUAUUUCCUUUAACGCUUACUUUUUCCUUCAAUAUUUAAUCACAGUCAUGCUAAAGUCGGUGGUUCGUGCGGUGGGAGCAGCUGUUCGUCUCUCCUCAGCCACCACAUCCACAGCGCGAGCUCUGCCGCUCAGCUGCCCGACCCUCUGCGCUCCAAGCUCGGCAACGACUCGGCCCUUUACCCGGUCUCUGUGGAUGUACAGUAACAGCGGAGCCUCGUCGGGAUACAGACCAAAACUUUUCAGUUCCAAUGUGUUGAAUCCCUCACUCUCAUGUGGGUGUGGAGGACUUCACACAGAAGGUAAAGUUUUUAUUUAUGUACGGAGACCAGCUAAGGCUGGCUAGCUGGACUAGCUGGGCUAGCAUGAGGCAAUAUCACAUGAGAACAGAGAGAUUGAUCUGAGCUGCUCUGAGAAGACCUAAAGUUUACAGAUGACUUGGUUUUAUUUUUUUCACUAAUAUCUAAACCGUUCGACUCUAGUCAGUGUGGUUUUUAUUCUUUAGAGGGCCAAGAAGGUUGUGAGCCUAGAAGGUUCACUGUGAGCAGCUAGCUUUCACCUUGACUCAUGCGUUUAGGUACAGAGUGGGUAAAAGCAGGAGGAGCAGGGAAAAACACAAGGAGCUUCAAGAUGUUCUUACUCAGUGUCUUUGUCGACACGUAAUGAUUGAAUGAGUUAAUCUGUUUUAGUCUACUGAGGACUUAUGAAAUCAAUCACCAUACACACCAUAGUCAACAUUUCUAAUUAAAUUAUAACAUGAAACUGUUCACCAUGCUUCCAACUGUUAGGUUUAAUUGUUCAUAUGUAAAUAUAUAAGAGUAUAACAAUAAUCACACAAAGUUAUAUGUGUGUAUUUAAGAUAUUGACUUUAAAAUGUGGAGGUUUAAGGUACUUUAAUGAUUCAACGUGUAAAGGUUAAGCGUUUCCAGAGGUGAGUAUGUGCUCUGGGAGUGAACUUGCCAAACCAGGGGAUAGAGGAUGUAGUUUUGCUCGAGGCAUUUUAAAAGUGUAUUUGUGUAUUUAACACGUGAGCCUACAAAUAUAAAUAGCCUAAAAAAUGUGCAGUUGGUGUGGUAGAAAUCUGUAGAUAACUCAUGUUUAAGCACUGAAAUAACAACAUAAAGCACUUAAACUUACAACAGAGUUCAGUUUACAUAUAAUGUGUAGGAAUUAGUUUAACAAAAAGAAAAACAUCACGAUUUUGAACAAACAGGAAUUUUUGCUUAACAGUAAAACUAACAGUUUUGUAGGAGAAAGUUUCUGUGUAGUUAAUGUGUUGACAGCAAGGAGUUUCUUCAUGUAAAAAAACACAGUUUUAGCCAAGCUUGUAAAACUUACUGUACUUUGCUUUUAUUGUAGUAUUUUGUUCUACAUUUGACACAGGUGACAAAGCAUUCGGUGAGUUCCUGUCUGAUGAAAUCAAAGAGGAAAAGAAGGUCCAGAAAAGUAAAAGCCUUCCUAAAAUGUCUGGAGGAUGGGAACUGGAGAUGAACGGCACAGAGGCUAAACUCUCAAGGCAUAUGGCAGGAGAAAAGUAAGGUUUGCUGUGUUGGUAUUCUUUGAUGUUGUUGGUGGUUGUGUGCACCUUGACAAGCUUUUAAUCCGUACAUUUUUUUUAUUUACAGAGUCACUGUCUCAUUUAACGUCAACAACAGCAUCCCUCCUAACUUUGAGGAGGAGGCAGAGCAGGGACAGCAGAAGCCUGCGGAAGAAGAGGUGAGUCUGACACCUUGUUGAGAACGUAACGGGCGUCAUUUGGAGGAAGCUACUUCACCCAAGAGAAAAAUAUGUGAUGCUAUGAAAUAAAGUCCUGUGAGAAAGAGUUUUCUGACAUCCUUGUGUCAGUAUGAUCAAAGUAAUGUCUUUAUUUCUGAAGCACCAAUAAGUACAAGCCUGAAAAGUGGUUUGAUGAGCAUGUCAGUCACAAAACACAGCAGGCAAUGAAAGGACCAUGUGAGCAGACAUAGCAAGGCAAAAACAGGUCAGGAUAAAAGAUGAAAAAACAUGAAAAUGCAGUGAAGAGGAGACAGACUGAAGAGUAUGGAAGGAGUGAAAAACAAAAGAAUGAAUGAAAAAGUAAAAGCAAGGAAAAGUAAUGAAUAAAUAUAAGUUAAGUUUUAAAAGACUAAAUUAAUAAAAGAAAGAAAUGAUCUAAUGUAAUAAAAGCAGUAAAUUGAAGAAUAAAGUUUAGAAAACAAAAUAAAAAGUUUAAAAGAUUUCAAAAGGCAGUAGAAAUGACUGAUCCAAACAGCCCCGCAAUAUUUUGCUGUUAAAUAGUAAUUUCGGCAUCUUUUCAACUCUUUAAUUUGCUCAAAGGAAUGUACUAAUCCAUUCAUGAGCUGCUAGAAAGAGUGAAACUGUCACUGACCAAAGACAAGCAGACAUUAGCUCUGCUGAUUAAUUCAAUUGUCAAAAGUAAGAGGCCAAGAAAUCUUGUUACUGAGCCAAGUAGCCUAGCUACCAGAGCGUCACACUGGGCCCUUGUCACCCCCAAGUACCUGGAAGCAGCAGUGAAUUUAAUCCAGACACAGUUCCUGGUGAAGGUGAUGAACUAUCAGAUCUGUGAGCACAUUUUAAGAAUACAACUUGAGGUUCAGUUUUUGUACAGUCUCCGUGGGGAGUUUUUUGUUUUUACUUUAAUGAAUUGAUUGCAAUUCCUACUUUCCAUGAAAAAAAGAGAGUAAACCGUCAGCAACAAGAUUGACUACCUUUAUUCUUAAAUAUUUAAUAUCUGAAACUAGUGCUAGUGGGUGUUGGCCAUGCUGCUGUAGAGACUGCACUGUUCUUACAAGUUUCACAAAAAUAUUCACUAUAACUGAAACAUUUGACCAUCACAAGCCAGCAGGAGGAGAUAUGACUUAAGCCAAAGUGGACAGAAAGUGCCUUACUGGAGCUUUGAGUCAUGCAAGGCUUAAAUUUUUUCUUACAACCUCAGUCCCCACAAACUUUCAGAGGUGUGUGUGGAAUUUCAAGAGUCGUGGCUGCAUUGGCUUUGUAAAACCAUGUUUGACACAGCCCAUUACUAAUUUAUGGCUGAUGAAGGAUUAAAAAUUUGUUUUUCUCUUUACAGCCAGAAAUCGUGUCAUCACCCAACUUUGUGGUUGAAGUUACGAAACAGGCGGCAAAAAAUUCCCUGGUGUUUGACUGCCAUUUCCCUGAAGAUGAGGUGACUAAAAACAACUUAAAUUUACAGCUAUAAACUUAUUUGAUGUGAGAAAACUCACAGUAGAAGUGUUUGUUUCAGUCAUACUCAAAAAGUCUCUUUUUAUGUAGAUGGGUCAUGGUGAGGGAGAAGAGGAGAGCGACAUCUUCGCCAUCCGGGAGGUCAGUUUCCAGCCAGAGGGAGAUUCUGAUUGGAAGGAGACCAGCUACACACUUAACACAGACUCUCUGGACUGGGUAAGACAUGGGACAGAGUAAUACAAAGUUAAUACAGCUAAUAAUAGUUCCCGAAGCUAAUAACAUCAGACCUUUCAAAUGAAAAUAACUUGGAAUGAAAUAACUCAUGUUUCCAGGCUCUUUACGAUCACCUGAUGGACUUCCUGGCUGACCGUGGGGUGGACAACACGUUUGCUGAUGAGCUGAUCGAGCUGAGCACUGCUAUGGAACAUCAGGAGUACAUCAAGUUCCUGGAAGACCUCCAAGGCUUUGUGAAAUGUAACUAAUGUUAGAUACUAAUGCCCUGUUCAUGAAAGCACACCUUGGGAAGUUGGAGGUGUGAUUAUACUCAGCAGCACUGAUGAUUGAUUGAUACUUUUGGCACUCUAAAGACACCUUCGAUCCUUUGCUUUAGUGUCAAGAACUGUGAGCCAUACUGCCAGCAGUGGUCACAUUAACACUCAGCUGCAAAUGUUCUCUCUUUGUUGAAAUGUGAGUUUAUUUUUCUGUAACUUAAUUUAAAUAUAUGAAGGUCAUAUAUAGAUACAUAGUGCAGGUCAGAAACAAUCAUUACAAUACAAUGUCUCCACAUAAAGUCUUCCCUGCAAUGCUCAAACAUAGUCUAAUUAAUAUUUGUUAAGCAGCCCUGAAGCCAGUAAAAAGUCCGUCGAUGUAUACUCAAAUCAGAAGUUAGAAUAAAACGACAAUAAAUCCAAUCCCCACUCCGAUGGUCCAAACAGUCCUGCUUGAGCUUUCUUUUUUGCUGCUUUUGGCUGAAGACUUCAUGUUGACACAUACUGAUUUGACUGUGUAUUAUGUGAGGACUUAGUUUGAAUGGUGUACAACAGACUGUGGUUUGAGAAUGAAAGAUCAGUAUCUAAUAAAAGCAGUUUGAUAUAAGAGUUUGUUAGCAGCCUUUUUUAACCCCACUCGAAGCAGAGAGUUAGGAUGAUUUUAAAGGUUCAUGAGUGACAUCAGAAAAUACUGGAAUAUUUAUAGUGGUGGGUUUGAAUUAGUUAUUUUUCCACAAGGCCAACAAUCCCUGAGUAGAAAAAGACUAACAGUUCCUUCUCCUGGUUUGGGACCAGGUCGGAUUUGCAAGGACCCAGAAAAAUACAAGCCCACAUAAGUUUGACCUACUUUUAGAUGAUUUCAACUUUUGUGUUUAAUGCUUAGAAAAGUCAAAUGGAAGCUCCAGAUGAACAAAAUAAAUAUACUACUUGUAAGGAAGAUGACAAUGCAUGGCAUCUCUUGAUUAGUAAUUUCCAUUUUUUACUGAUAUUUACUGUUACAGCAGCCCCGUGACCCAAUACAAUAAACUAUAACACAGUCAAAACUUGGCCAUGGGAUUCAUGAUAAAUACACAAAGAAUGAAAUAAUUAUCAGCUAAAGAAUAACUGAACAAGACAACCACAACAUAACCUAAACAUAAGAAUCCCCUGGAUGAGAGGUUACAGGGCAGCAGGCCCCCUCCUUCUGCCCUGAGACACUGCAGGUAGCUUUCAAGGUUUUCAAACAUACAUCCAUAGUACCAAUCACCUGGUUCUGAGUGUUUAUAGUCUGAGAGCUGCCUGCAGUAACCAGAGGUGUUUAGUUCUUUGUGCUGUGGUUGAUUUGUCCAUACUUUAAUUUUUGUUUAUCAUUUAAUUCUUUGUGUGUUCAUUAUAAUAAAACCCAUGGCCAAGUUCAA